UAUUAUUUAUACUAAGUUAAACUCUCAUAAUAUAAGCCUUGAAUUCUGUAAUACAACUUUUUAUUGUUGCAUUAAAGAUUGCGUUGUUAUAAACCCUUUAAUAUUGAUAGAACUGCUGUUUACUUAUUUUUGACUCUCACAGUAUAUUUUAUUCUUUGUACAAUUUUCUUUAAUCUUUGCUUGCAUCAUCUCAUAUUUUCAUACGAUCAGGGAUUUAUCCGGUUUCCGGCCUGUUUGAAGUAAACAGCGUUUGUGCGAUCAUUUUAUUUUUUGAGUUCACAUCCUUUUACGUUUUUGAAAUUACUGUGUUUAAGAUUUUUACAAUGCAUAGGCAGUACGUAAAUAGUGCCAAUAGUUUUAUUUAUGUGUGCGGAGAACUAACUUUUAAAUCGCAAAAACGUAAUUUUACUUAUUUUGGUGUUAAAGUUGGGGAUUAAGACAAAGCAUGGACCCCUCAUAUCUGUUGUAAAACUGGUGUAAUACUGUUAACAGCUUGGUUAAAAGGUUCAAAUCGUGAAAUGCCCUCUGCAGUGCCAUUCAUUUGGAGAGGACCUAAAGACCAUGUUACAGAUGUUCCCACGUCAGUCGGGUCUACGAAAACCGGAACGGACCCGGAUUUUUAUCCGGCCAAGGACUGUCAACUCGGCCGAAUUCUGCCGUUACAACAACAACAAUCAUGUUACAGAUUGCUAUUUUUGCCUCACGAAUAUUAAAGGAUUGGACCGAAGUCUAAACAGCUUUAAGACCCAGUGAACGAACUCCAAAAGCAAAAUAUCGCAGAAAACAUAGCAAAAAACUAUAUGUGAUAGAAGAAAUAUUUAAAAUUUUUUAUAAAAUAUGCCUGUAAGUUAUGCGAUACCAGCACUUCCUUCCAAUUCAUCUCAGGAUGGAAUUCGAGAGACUAUGUUAUAUAGUGGAUCAAAGUUUAAAGGAUUCCAAAAGUCUCAAGGAAAUUCAUAUGACGUGGAAGUUGUUCUACAGCAUAUUGAUUUGCAAAAUUCAUUUUUAUGUGGUUAUUUAAAAAUUAAUGGACUGACUUUCGAAUUUCCAACUCUGACAACAUUUUUUGAUGGAGAAAUAAUAUCGAAGAAAUAUCCAUUUUUAACCAGAAAGUGGGAAGCGGAUGAGGAUGUGGACAAAGGGCAUUGGAGCAAAUUUGCCGCUUUUUCUGAGUAUGAAGAAUCAUUUAAUUCAGAUAAUUUUGACUUUAAAAAAUUGGCGAAUAGCGACUAUGUAUUCAUGCGAUGGAAAGAACAUUUCCUAGUGCCAGAUCAUACGAUAAAGGAUAUAAAUGGGGCGUCUUUCGCUGGAUUUUAUUAUAUUUGCUUUAUAAAAUCUACUGGCAGAGUAGAAGGUUAUUAUUAUCACCGCUCAUCAGAGCUAUAUCAAUCUAUUGAAUUAGAACACAUACCAGAAAAUUCUUCAGAAGUGUACGAAUUUAGAUAAAAUUAAUCGUGUAAUUUAUUUGUUAAGCUAUAUGUACAAUAGAUAUUUAUCUAAUAACAAUAAUUCUAUAUAAUUUGAGUAUAUAAAUUAUUAUUAUUUCUGUCUUCUCAGCCAAUAAUAUUCAGGAUUUCUUUAGUCAACAGUGCAUAAUACAAAAGAUAGAAUAAUCAACGAAAUCAAGUUUGCUCAGUUGUUUUUAAACAGAAGUCGGCAUAACGUUACAUUUCUAUAGUGUAUUUAUACUAUCGCCAGUAAUGUGGCCGUGCGGUAAACGUAAUCGUAUACCCAAACAAAUAAUCUUGCCUAUUUUUAAAAUUUGGAGUUAUAAUAUUCGGAAUAUAAUUAAAGUAAAUGCUUUAUUACACUCUCGUUCCACAAAGUAUAAUAGUCAUCGAGAUAGAUAUGGAGACAUAAUCGUUACCUAAAAUCUAAAAUAACGUAACAUCAAUUUUCAUAAGUUUACAGGCGAAGGAAAAAUGAUAUAAUAGAAACCACUCAUAAAAAUAAAAUAUGAGUUUUGGUUAUAUCAGAUAGUGGAGGCGAAAAUGCUACCCAUAUGUAAUAUGAUGUAGUGAAUCAUAAGCAAUAAAACACUCAACCUCGAUUUUUUUGA